GGGAAAGAUUGCUGUGAGGUGGAUCCUGGAGAAGGCUUGGGGUGAGUUAACAUAUGCAUUCAGAUGAAUACGUUGAUAGAAUAUGGAUUCUCCACCAAAUAAACUUCCUCAGUGGAUGACUAAGCAGAGCAAAGAAGAUUCUGUGGUUGAUAAAAAGCAGAAGAAUCCAGUCCAUCGGAGUGUUCUGGAAGACAGCCUUCCGUUCUUAGAAUUCCAUGGCUCUAUCGUUUACAGCUGUAAUGCUAGUGAUUCUUCCUUACUCUCUGAAGAUAUUGUUACGACUUUGCCUGAUGGAACUGUGCUAGGAUUUGACAUUGAAUGGGCACCACUCUAUACUAAAGGCAAGGAAGGGAAGGUUGCCUUAAUCCAGCUGUGCAAGUCUGAAAAAAAGUGUUACCUGUUUCACGUCUCUUCAAUGUCAAGCUUUCCUGUGGGACUGAAAAGGUUGCUUGAAGAUAACCAUAUUAAAAAAGCCGGGAUUGGUAUCGAAGGGGAUAAAUGGAAGCUGAUGCGUGAUUUUGACAUCAGAUUGGGGGACCUUGUGGACUUGGCUGACCUUGCCAAUGAAAAGCUAAAAUGUAAGGAGAUAUGGAGUCUGAACAAUCUUAUAAAACACCUCUUCCACAAACAGCUUCUGAAAGACAAGUUGGUCCGCUGUGGUAAUUGGGAACAAUUUCCACUUACUGAAGAGCAAAAGCUGUAUGCAGCCACUGAUGCUUACGCGAGCUUCCUCAUUUACCAAAAACUGAUGAAUAUGAAUCGUGAUAAUCGGAUGCAGAUUAGUAUAGAAAGAGAUGCAGCAUUACAGCCAUGUGAAAUAAAGACGGAAUUGGCAUCUCUGUCAGAGGAGAUCAUGGAUUUGGCUGAUUGUCUUCCUGGCACUUUCAGACAAUCUACAAAUGUUCAAAGAGCUGCAGAAAUAUUGGCUGGUGUGUCAGAAAACAUCAAGGCCUUAAGAGCUUUGCUUGUUGAUUCUUCUUGUGAAACAGACCUUUGGGAGGUUACAGAUCCCGGAAUGGCACAUGGCGAUGAAGAAAAAAUGGAAACACCUGAAUUUUCUUCCAAGAUUACAUGCGAGUCAAAUGAGCAUGUGGAUAAUAAACCAGCUGGUGUCCAAAAUGAGGUCCUGGAGGAAGGUGAAGAAGAACUUAAUAAGAAAAAAAUGGCAAACGAAGCUUCAGGCAGACGACCUGAAGAAACUGCAGAGAGGCAGUGCUUAAUGUCACUAGACAUAACUGAAUAUGAACUUCAAAUGUUGGAACGUCAGGCUGAGGAAGAGCUGCUAAAUGAAACUGCUUGUGUCUCUGAGGAUUUAAGCUUCAUAGACGAUGAAGAGAAUUCCUCCUGCACCAUUGAAAGCGAUGAUGAAUUUGAAAUGGAGAUGCUUAAAACUUUAGAAGAUGCAGACAAGUCCAGCGUGGAUGUUACGGACUCCAGCCCGGGUGAAUCAAAGAGGCACAACAUUGCAGAUGACAAUGAUGAAGAUGAAGGCAUUGAAGAGGAAGAAGAAAGUUGGGAUUCCUGCUUGGCUCGACCCAAUGCUAAACAAAUCACUUGCCUAAAGAUGUAUUUUGGACAUUCAAGUUUUAAACCGGUCCAAUGGAAAGUGAUCUCCUCGGUUUUGCAAGACAGGAGAGAUAAUCUUGUUGUUAUGGCAACUGGAUAUGGGAAGAGUUUGUGUUUUCAGUUUCCACCCGUUUACACCGGAGGUACUGGAAUAGUAAUCUCUCCCCUUAUUUCUUUGAUGGAGGACCAAGUACUACAACUUGAGAUGUCGGGAAUUCCAGCCUGUCUUGUUGGAUCAGCACAGUCAAAAAAUGUCAGAGGGGAAAUCAAAGCGGGCCACUACAGAGUCGUCUACAUAACUCCAGAAUUCUGUUCAGGGAACCUAUCGUGGCUUGAAGAACUUGACCAAACUAUAGGUAUCACAUUGAUAGCCAUUGAUGAAGCUCACUGUAUUUCUGAAUGGGGACAUGACUUCAGGAAUUCUUUCAGGUCUUUGGGGUUAUUAAAGAGAACUCUUCCUAAGGUUCCUCUUAUUGCAUUAACUGCAACAGCAAGCCCUUCCAUCAGAAAGGACAUAAUAGACUGCCUAAACCUAAAAACUCCUGAGGUUACAUGUACUAGUUUUGACCGACCUAACCUAUACUUGGAAGUUGGACGGAAAUCUGGAAAUAUCAUCCGGGACUUACAGCAGUUCCUUAUUAAAAAAGACAAAACUACCUACGAAUUUGAAGGUCCCACUAUUGUUUACUGCCCAUCAAGGAAGACCACUGAACAAAUAGCUGCUGAGCUGAUAAAAUUAAAUGUCGUCUGUGCUACAUACCACGCUGGCAUGGGAAUCAAGGCAAGGCGAGACGUUCACCAUAGAUUCAUGAGAGAUGAAAUUCAGUGUAUAGUAGCCACUGUAGCCUUUGGAAUGGGAAUCAAUAAAGCAGACAUCCGGACAGUUAUUCAUUAUGGAGCGCCGAAGGAAAUGGAAUCAUACUAUCAGGAAAUUGGAAGGGCCGGCCGUGAUGGGCUUCCUGCCUCUUGCUACGUGCUGUGGACUCCAGCUGACAUGUGUUUGAACAGAAUCCUGCUCAAUGGCAUACGUGAUGAUAGGUUCCGCCUGUAUAAAGUGAAGAUGAUGGCAAAGAUUGAGAAAUAUCUCAACUUGAACAGCUGCAGACGAAAAAUCAUCUUGUCUCAUUUUGAAGACAAACAACUCCGAAAGGCCUCGUCAGGCAUCAUGGGCACAGAAAAAUGUUGCGAUAAUUGCAGAUCCAGGAAUAUUCUCUGUACUCCUGUGGUUGACACAGAAGACAGUUUUGAGGAUUUUGGUCAGCAAGCGUACCAGCUGAUGUCUGCAGUAUCUGCCUUAAAUGAGAGAUUUGGCAUGGCUGUUCCAGUGCUGUUUCUCAGAGGAUCAAAUUCUCAGCGGCUGCCAGACAAAUAUCGUACUCACGCUCUCUUUGGCAGUGGGAAGGACUGGCCAGAGAACUCAUGGAAGGCAUUGGGCCGGCGUCUUAUCUUAGACGGGUUCCUUAAAGAAGUUUCUGGUCAAAGCAAAUUUUCAACGAUAUGCCUACUUGCUGAGAAGGGUAAAAACUGGCUUUGUAAAGCUAGAAAGGAGUCAGGACGAAAGCUUUUGCUGCAAUCCGAUGAGGAACUGCAUUUAAGGAAAUCUACUGUAAGCAAUAAGCAAACAUCUUCAGACCCAAGACAUUUCUCCAGUGCAACGAGAGCCCAGUUAACACCAGAAAAGCAGAAGACAGCUUUGCAUGAAAUGUUUGCCUAUCAACAAGCAAGUAAAAUCUCCAGAGGGAUUAUGCAUCCAAAUACAAGUGCCGUGACGGAGUUGCCACUGAUUCUUGUGCCCGUGACUCCUGCUCAAUCUGUUAUAUCUCAAAGAGAGAAGGAAUUGCAGAUGAUCCUAUAUGGCAAAUUGGUGGCAGCCAGGCAGAAACUAGCCAAUGAGAAAGACAUCCCGCCAGCUGUACUAGCAACAAAUAAAGUGUUGGUUGAUAUGACCAUGAUAAGGCCUACAACUGUUGACAAUAUUAAGAGAGUUGAUGGUGUUUCUGAAGCAAAAUCUUCCAUGUUAACUCCUCUCCUGAACACAAUCAAGGAGUUCUGCCAAGCAAAUAAUUUACAGGCAGACCUCUUCAAGACUUCAGUAUCCAGAGAUCAGCCAGAUACAGCCCUUCAGAAGGACGGCGGACGCAGCACUUUAACAGAAUCAGAACAUAUAACUUAUACGUUGUUUCAAGGAAAGAAUCUGUCUUUGAGAAGUAUAAGUGAGAGUCGCUCCUUACCUCUUAGUGUGGUUGGUACGCAUUUAUCCCAAGCUUUGAAAGCUGGAUACCUGGUCAAUUUAGAACGUGCUGGUCUGACUCCUGAGAUACAAGGGAUCAUCACUAAAGUCAUCCAAAACCCUCCCAUCAACUCAGAUACAACACAAAUGAAAGCCAUUAGAACACUAGUCCCUGCAAACAUUGAACUGUAUCUUAUCAGAAUGACAGCUGCGCUGCUGGAGAAACAAUGCAGAAACCAACAGUUGCAGCAGAAUGGUUCAGAGAAGCAAGGUCCACCUCAAGAGCCUGGUUAUCUACAGUCAAGUACAGGAUCCUCACAGAAGAACGAGAAGAUUCUGUGGAUUGAAGCUAAGGAGGAUUCAGUCAAGCCAAUUGUACACAAACCUAAUUCUGGAUCCAGUGAAAAUAUAAACCAAGAUACCUCCUGCACAGAUUCUUCAUCUUCGGCGAAGAGCAAUACUGAAGAGCAAUUCCUUAGUGCUAAACAGGGUGCCCAAAGCCAUCAGAGCUCCAUCAAAUUGGCCUCAUGGAAUCAGCCUUCACUCAGUGCCGAGGAAGACGAUCUCUUUACUGAUUCUCAGUCACAGACCGCAAGCCAAACUUCAAAGAGGAAGUUACCAGAGUGGUUUGGAACCUCGGAGGGAACUGUUCCUCGUGUUAAUACUUCUAAGAAAUCCAAGGGAGGAGGAAGCAAAGGUCUCUUUGGCUGAACUUGAAAUGAUCAUCAAAAUACAUUUUAUAUCUAGCACCUGGGUUGAAGCUUUGUAAUUCAAUACCCAUUUUAGUCAGUCUGACUCUUUUUUGAAAUAAUAUUGGGAGAAAAAACCCUGUUCAUUUGCUUCCACGUAAAACCAUGACUAAAUAUGGGCUUAAAUGUAGCCCCUCACACAGCUUCUAUCUAAAUUGGACAACCUGAAGAAAAGGUCACUGUCUAAAUACAUUUUAAAGAACAGCUGAACCCCCUGGAAUGUGAGUGUGCCACCUCAGGCUUCUUCAGCUGCCCUUUUGAUAUUAGUAGGAUUACAGCUACAUGAAGUGGGAAAUUCCAUGUUCUUUAUUUGUGUUGUAUAUAUGUUCCCUAUAUGCGACUCCACAGCUGGAUAUUGUGGUGCAUAACUAAAUUGUUAUCAUGUGUAUUAUUACUAUUAACAUAAUUUCAACUAUUUUGGCACUUUCCUAUGAGAAAUAAAUCUUUAUAAUGUAAA